AUGUUUUAUUCGCAUACCUAUUUGGCUCGAAAGGGUCCGUUGGGUACGGUGUGGUGUGCCGUUCACUUGCAACAUCUCCUCAAGAAGUCUCACUACACCUCCACCAACAUCCCCGACACUGUUGAUCUUAUAAUGGUUCCUGAUGCACCAAUGGCACUGAGACUGUCAGGUCACCUUCUCCUUGGGGUUGUGCGAAUAUAUUCGAAGCAGGUCGAUUAUCUCUUCCGUGACUGUAACCUCUUUAGCACUUGGUUGGCUAAGGCUUUCGUUUCCACUCAAGUUGACUUGCCAGAGGACGCGAGACAGGCUCCGGUUGAGUCAGUGACUUUGCCUCAAGCACUGAACUUGGACGACUUUGAAUUGGAGGAUGACACACGCGAGGGGGAAUUUGAUAAUCAUCUUAUGAGUGCGGAAGAUAUCACUCUCACAGAUCAAAUUCCUACUGGCGUUGAUCCUUAUGUUGCUGUAACAUUCGACGAGGACAUCUUUCCAGAAUCUACUCCGAUGAAUGUCGACCAAUCCACAGAACCUGUUAGUGAGCAUCGUGGAGAUACUGAUGUUGACAUGGCUAAUGAGACAGAACCAAACAGUGAGCAUCGUGGCUACAAUAACGACACAGAGGAAAUCCCUGAAUUCCAUGAUCCUAGACCAAGUAACUUGACAGAACCCCUCAAUGCUAGUCCGGAGAGAAGCCAUGCCAAUUCUCCUGGAAGUGUUCCCGAGAUUGAGAUAAGGCGUGACGCUGCACACGACUUAAGCCCUGCGUCCCACCCACCUCUUUCUCCAAGAGUUGAACGCUCUGAAUCUUUGGAUGAAACUUUGAACGACAAGGAAGCCACUAUCCCUGACAUUGAUGAAGAAAUGUUGAACUCUAGAGGACAUUCGACGUUUGAGCUUCUCUCAGGAUCUCCAAGUUUUGUUCGUUCCGAGGAAGAACGUGCAGAUUUUGUGCAUCCAUCACCUCAACUGGCUCUACAGCCAUCUCCUCCUCCCCAACCACAAGCAAGGCCAAGGAAGAGGAAGAACUUUGACAAGGUCACAGUAUUAACCAACAGGUUCAUGAGAGAAAGGCUUGAAGAUGCUAGUGAUACUCUUCGUAAGAGAAAGAAGCUGCCUUCAUCUAAACUAAAUGUUUGGAGACUGAAUAACCAGUCAAAGAUGGAUCAAAUUUUCAAUGAGCCUGUGCUUACUGGCUUCUCAGAUGAGUUACGCAGCGUCUUUGAAAAGGACUGUGUAUCUUCAAAGCCAUAUCUUGCUGUUCCUGAUGAAACUGUUACAGAACCUGCAUCUGUAUCUGUGUCAUCUCCUACUCGAGAAGCUGAAACAGAAGUUAACCCGUCCUCUCCAGUUCCACAGUCUACGGUUCCUGACUCUACUAGUCCUGACAGAACAUUGCAGCUGUCUCCUGAUAUGCAAACUGAAGAUGUUCAUCAGUCCGGGCAUGCAGAGUCUGUAGCAAGACAAGCACAAUCUCCUAUGUCGUUUAAUAAUGACGACACAGGAAUCGAACGUUUAAGGGAUGGUGGUUACCCUGAGUUCAUGCGGUCACCGGCUCCAAGAUCUUCACCAGCUAGAACCGAUGACUUCACCACUCAGCCUGGAUCGUGGGAGACAGGAUCUUCUUACAGAACAGAGCGGUCAGAGCCUUCAGCUUCCACAAAUUCAGAGGAUCUGCGUGGACAAAGAAACUCGGGGCUUUCAGAUAUACCUGAGAUGCAGGACGAGGAACUUUAUUUUCUGGAGGUAGGGAGCAAUACCCCGGUAGAAUCACCAGCUAGUCAAGAUUCUGAUGGUUUGACAGGGAGAACAAGAGCCUUGGCUCAGUAUCUUAAAGAACGUUCUUCGAGUAGUCCCACUUCAAGAUCUCCUUCUGGAGAUCUAAGUUUGAGCAAGAUCUUGGCAGGAAAGACGAGGAAGCUAGCUGCUCGGAUGUUCUUCGAGACACUGGUAUUGAAAUCUAGAGGACUUGUAGAUGUGCAACAGGAACAACCCUACAGUGAUAUCACUCUGAAGUUGAAGCCUGCCCUUUUUUCAAAGUUUCAACCAUGA